AGAUUUUCAUUUUAAAUACUAAAGAAUUAGUUCAAUGGCAUAAUGACAUGUUCCUCAACCUAUCCAAUGAGUGACUCCUGAAUCUAUUCGCAGCUGCUCUGUCGCUUCCAUGAUCCACUCCAGUCCGGAUUUGGCCAGGAAAGGAACAGCUGCCGUAACGUUUUAGCAAUUUCAGGACAGAAAGAGAAGUGGUGAGACAUGCGGGGUCUAGAGGAGUCGCUCCAGCAGCACUGGAGAUCGGACAAACAGCAGCAGCAGGAGUAGAGGAUCAUGGCCGAGGACUAUUGGGAGCGCGCGGCCGCUUUGGGAUAUUAUUAUUGCUGUUAAGAUUACACGAGCAACACACAUUCACUCAUUUACACAAGCACACACGGAUCUCAACUCCACGGAGCGGUUGAACAGUGGCAGCCCCUCCACCCCCCUCACCUCAGCCCCCCAUACCCCCACUGAUGGACCGCAUGAGGAAGAUCAAACGGCAGCUGUCCCUGACGCUGCGAGGGGGUAACAGCGGGGACAAGACCUUGAGCGAGACCAUCAGCUCUCAGGACACAGGAGCACACAGUGAUUCCGAGGCCAUGCCAGUUGGAGGCAGUGGUGGUCUGCGGGGUUCAGUGAGAGGUUCGGGGGGUUCCUUCAGCAUGCACUCCCUCCUGCAGUCCUACAGCAGCGCCCUGCGCAGACCACGCACCCUGGGCCGCAGUCUCAGCUCCUAUCUCAACCACACCACGCGCCUCGAAAUCGUCCAUGAGGAUGUAAAAAUGGGUUCCGAUGGAGAAAGCGAUCAGGCUUCGGCCACUUCCUCUGAGGAGGUGCAUAGCCCCGUCCGAGUUCGUCUGAGAAACAAUCCCGGUCGCAAAAUUUCCACAGAGGACAUAAACAAACGUCUGUCUCUGCCUGCCGAUAUCAGGCUUCCUGAUGGCUACCUGGAGAAAUUCAGCCUCAACAGCCCCCUGUUUGACAAACCGCUCAGCCGGAGAUUACGCAGAGUAUCGCUGUCCGAGAUUGGAUUUGGGAAGUUGGAGACGUAUGUCAAACUGGAUAAACUAGGAGAGGGCACCUACGCUACAGUAUAUAAAGGCCGCAGUAAGUUGACGGAUAACCUGGUGGCUCUGAAGGAGAUCCGUUUGGAGCACGAGGAAGGAGCUCCAUGCACUGCCAUUAGAGAAGUGUCUCUGCUGAAGGACCUGAAACACGCCAAUAUUGUGACUCUUCAUGACAUCAUCCACACUCAGAAGUCUCUUACGCUCGUGUUCGAGUACUUGGAUAAAGACCUGAAACAGUACCUAGAUGACUGUGGAAACUGCAUUCAUAUGCACAAUGUCAAGCUGUUCCUGUUUCAGCUGUUGCGAGGUCUGAACUACUGUCACAGACGAAAAGUCCUUCACCGAGAUCUCAAACCUCAAAAUCUCCUGAUCAAUGACCGCGGGGAGCUAAAGCUGGCUGACUUUGGUCUGGCACGAGCAAAAUCGAUUCCCACCAAGACCUACUCCAAUGAGGUGGUGACGCUUUGGUACCGCCCCCCUGACAUCCUAUUGGGCAGCACCGACUAUUCCACUCAGAUUGACAUGUGGGGUGUUGGCUGUAUCUUCUACGAGAUGUCUACAGGUCGACCCCUGUUCCCGGGCUCCACGGUGGAGGAGGAGCUGCACUUUAUCUUCAAACUGCUCGGUACGCCCACAGAGGAGACCUGGCCUGGAAUAACCUCCAACGAGGAGUUCAUCUCCUAUAACUACCCCAGAUACCGCGCAGACUGUCUCCACAACCACACUCCACGAUUGGACAAUGAUGGAGUUGAACUUCUGUCGAAACUGCUGCAGUUUGAGGGGAAGAAACGGAUUGCAGCAGAGGAAGCCAUGAGACACUCAUACUUCCACUGUCUGGGAGAGAGAAUUCUCACACUGCCAGACACUGCAUCAAUAUUUGCACUUCAGGAAGUUCAGCUGGAGAAGGAGCCCGGGAUGAGGACGAAUUCCCUGUCGGAAUCAGUCAACAGCAUAUCUCAACGGCAGAGUUUGCUCUUUUGAGGGCAAAUGGGGCAACUCGGGACGGGGGAAGAUGGAUGGGACACGUCGAGAUGUUUCCUGUCAUGAAGAUGAAGUUUUUCAUUUCUCCGUCUGAGUCAUUGGCUAGUCCUGUGGCAUUAUGUGCUUAGAAGGGGUCACUGUAGUUGUUUACAUGAAGAGGCUGAGGAUCUUGAUUUGUUUUGAAUAAUGCACUUCCCCUUCCCUGUUCACAUUACAAACAUGUUCUUCCUGUUUUGCUGUACCUUCUCAAUCCAGCCUCUGUACUCAACCAAUCAAACGCAGAAUGUUAUUGGAUGGCCUGACUCUUCAUCCUCUGACUGAAACAAAUCAGCCUGGUUUCUUUGCAAUACUUCUCAAUUGUAAUGUAAAAGGAAGGCCAGUUUAUGAAGGAACAUGUCAUGAAUGCUGUUAAUAUCCAGAAGCCAAGUCACUCUAGUCUUCCAGAAAAUGUUCCCCUUCAUUAGAGUCAUCAGCCCUCCCAUCCAAAGACGAACAUUUAGUACUAUGCCAACACAAUAGUUCAUCGUAAUCAACCAUAAUCUGUUAUUUGUAUUCAUCAGAACAUUGACGACUUCAACUUUUGUUUUUGUUUGCAAAAGCAUUUCACAUUUAAGUUGUUGUUUAGAUGUUUUUUUGCCAUGCAAUACAGUUUGAUAGUCUAGAAAACGGUUUCACCAAAGACCCCCCCCCCAUGCCAUCUCUCUAUCCCUUUAGGUUUGAUUUAUGAGCUUCCAUUUCCAUCAUCAUGUUCAAGUGAACCCUCGAUCAGCUACACUGUGUCAAGGAAUAAUUAUUUGUGCAAAGCAACUUAGAAAGUUUGAGUUGCAUUUUGAAAGCUUCUGAUAAUCUUGACGCAGCCUUGUUGAUAAUUCUUCCAUUACUGCUGCAUGCAGCUCUUACGGCUGUCACUCUGGUUGAAAACCGAGCUGAUUUCUAUGUCAGUUCAGUCAGGGCGAUGAUAACUAAUAAUGGGAUGCCCAGGCAUAUGCGGAGAACUGGUCGAAUUGUGUAUAGUGCUCAGGUUUCUGUCACUCUGCAGAACAGCUGAGUGCGGUGGAUAAUGUUCUGCAUCUCGGCUCGGUUGUUCAUACUCCUUAGAUUUUGGAGCACGUUGGUGUCGCGUAACACAGCGCAGAUACAAAACACUAUCAUCCCCUGGUGUGUGCUAUUCAGGGCCUCUCUGCACAAUGUCUGCGAUUUAUACAGUCCCACAAAUGUGAUUAUUGGGUGAAUCUUUGGAAGAAGAAAAAAAGUGUCAAGGUGAUAUUUCACCCUGAAAUUACGAGAACAAUAAUACAUUUGGUUUAUUAUAAAGUAGGCAAUAUUUUUUUUAGGACUGUUAAUCUUUUUUUUUUUUUUUUUUGCAUUGUGACAUCCUCAGCAAUUAGUCUCCAAAUUCUUAUUCCCUUAAUAA